AUGCAGCUCACCAUGGAAGAGAUGUAUUUUAGGUCGGUACUCGAGCAAGUCCAAGAGGAAGUGAAUCAUUCUCUCGAAAGCCUGCCAAACUUUAGGGACUCAGUACUCCAUUUAUCCAAGCAAAUACCUGAUAUCAUCAUACCGGAAGAGAAACUUGAAGCAGAACUGCAGGAGGAUAUGGAUGUCUUGGAGGAUUUUAAGAAAAAGCUCGCUGUGCGAGUGGGACGUCAAAGAAUAUCAAUUAGUAUUGGAGAGAUGGAGGCGAUAGAGUUAGCCACCCGCAACAUGAGAGAGAAGUGGGAGGAGAGAGAGAGAAUGUUAAAAGCAGAAGAGGUAUUGCUUGAGGAGGCAUUGCAAGACGCAGAGAAGGCAUUCCUCGAGGCUGAAGAGAUAUUAAAAAAGGCCCAGGAAACAUGGAAUAACGCGGAGGCGGCAUGGCACGCCGCGGCAUUCGAGUUAACAGAUUCGAGAAUGCUUGAGUCAGAUGAGGAAAGUCUGUCACUUCAGCAAGAACCCGAAGAAACAGAAGCUGAAAGCCAGCCAGCUGACAAGAUUACAUGA